AUGCUUUUCAAGCCUCUCGCAUUCGCAGCCACCGCUGCUGCCAUUCUCAUUGUCCCCGAGACUUCCGAGAAAGACGACAGCAUCUUUCGCACUCUGCCCAUCGCGGCCGACACCUUCGAGGUCCCUGCGACCGCUUAUGCCCAAGUCGUCGAUGUGCCUUGCCUUCAGUGCCGCGGCCAGGAUUCUCAACUAGAACUUAACUUCGGCGUCCAUGACCGUCGCCUAGUACUCAACGGCUUCGAGCUUUACCCUCACGCCGACCCUUGGAAUGGAGACCUGUCAGCUGCUGUUAUCAAGGGUAACGGCAAGAGCGAUAUGCGCCGACUAGGAUAUGGUCUGGCUAUUCGUCCCGAGGGUAUCGAUGAGGACCAGCACCUCGAGGUUGUCAAUGUCGAAGUUAGAAUUAUCGAAGUUGGCGACCGAUUCGUCGAUGGCGUUCCUCCUGUCACAGUCAAGCUCAUCAAGGCUCCGGUUGGCGAGAUCAUUAUCGGAAGCAUUGAGGUUAAGGGCGCUGGACAGAAGGCGCCAGAGGAUUGCUCCAUGUGGUGUCGCACCAAGGGUAUGGUCCACGACACCUGGAGGGGAGUGAAGGGCAAGUUCAAGGGCUGCCACGGAAUGAAGGGUAAGGGCAAGGGUCAUGGUCAUGAACACAAUCACGGCCACAAGACCCCUCAUGGUCACGGCAAGGCAGAGGGCAAGCCCACUGAUGCUUUCCGACAUGGCCCAGUCAUGGACAACGAGCCCGAGCAGUCAUGGGGCGAGGUCUUCAAACAUGUCGCCGCAUACAUUGUCAUCCCUGUCCUCAUGGGUGUUGCUGCCGGUGUUGGAGUCGCCUUCUUCGCCAUGUUCCUUUGCACCAUGGUUCUCCGUCUAGUCCGUCUUUUCCAGACUGAACCCACUGAGUCUGCCCCAGGCGCUACUCACAAGGCUGCCAUUUCCGAGAUGCUUGUCGAAGACGAGAAGGCUGGCCUUAUUGUCGACGAAAAGGCUCUCCCCCAGUACGAGCCACGUAACUAA